AUGGCGGCCGCUAGUAGCGGCGACCCAGGGGGGUCAGUUGGACGCCGACUGCCAUUGUAUUUGGAUCCAACAAACAGUUUUGGCGAGUUAACGUACCUCCAACUGUCUGGUAAGAAUGGUGUUACGCUGCCGUUCAACCCAUACAUUAUCGGGAAAUCAGUUGAGGCUUGUGCUGGUGGCGAAAUUGAAGAUGCGAAAUCGGAAGCACAAGGCACCAAGGACACCCUGAUGGUACGUAAUCCGACUCAAGUGACCAAGCUUCUCAAAUUGACGAGACUCAUCGACGGAACGGAGGUUGAAGUUGUUCCCCAUCCCAACCUGAAUGUAUGUAGAUGUAUCAUCUCCACAUUCGACCUGAUUCGGAUGGAAGAGAAAGAUAUAUUAGCAGAGAUGGCCAAAGAUAACGUCAUCCGUGUGCAGAGGAUCACCAGAUACACGGACGGCAAGAAAAUAAAUACACCGGCAUUGAUCUUAACUUUCUGCAAGACCACGUACCCGGAGACCAUUAAGGUCGGUCUGAGACGUGUCCCAACCCGCCCGUACAUUCCGAAUCCUAUGCUCUGCUAUGGAUGCUUUAGCUAUGGGCAUACUCGUGCUCGAUGUCCCGGACCGCAGCGUUGUGUCAACUGUUCAGGCGAGUUUCAUGGAGACGAAUGCGGUGAAGCAACACUGUGUUUAAACUGCAAAGGAGACCACCGACCAACAAACCGCCAGUGCCCGGUGUAUAAGAAAGAAGUUGAGAUAAUCAAAGUGAAAGUACGUGACAACCUGAGUUUUCCGGAAGCCAGAAAACGCGUCGAGCAGCAGGCAGGUAGCUACGCCCAGGUUGCUGCUCAACAGAAAGACAAAGAAAUUGCAAGAUUACAAGAGGAAAGCAAACAAAAAGACGAGAAGAUAGAACGAAUGAUGGCAGUCAUAGAGAAGAUGAAUCACCAAACUGGUCAAGAAAAAUCACGUCAAAACCGUGAACAAUCUGUUAGUCGCGAAAAACCGCACAGUAGCCGAGAAAAGCGUAUAACAACAAUUACAACCGGACCGGUAACCCGAUCCCGAACCAACUCUCCAGCUGUAAAGGAAACGAAACGCGGACGAUCAUCGAAACAAAACACCAACAAACCAGCCACGUCACCGGAUCCAAGCCCACCUCCGAAGAAAACCGCCAUUAGUACGCACGACCUCACGCAAAUGGAUUACUCCGGCGAAGAAUCUGAGGCAUCGGAGACACCCCCAAAUCAGCAUCUUCGAUAG